AUGACGCGGGAAGCUCCUUGGUGGAAAAACGCCACCAUUUACCAAAUCUAUCCCGCUAGUUACAAGGAUUCUAAUGGCGAUGGAAUCGGCGAUCUGAAAGGCAUCCUGGGCCAGUUGGACUAUGUUAAGUCCCUGGGCGUUGAUGCCGUAUGGAUUUGUCCUCAUUAUGAUUCCCCACAAUACGACAUGGGCUAUGAUGUCGCCAACUAUGAAGACAUCUAUGCUCCCUAUGGCACAGUCAAAGACGCAGAAGACAUUAUCGCAGCGUGUCACGAGCGCGGAUUGAGAAUUCUUUUUGACCUCGUCAUCAACCACACAUCGCAUGAGCACGCCUGGUUCAAGGAGUCGCGUUCUUCCAAAACAAACCCCAAGCGUGACUGGUACAUCUGGCGUCCAGCCAAGUACGACGCGGACGGUACUCGCCGCCCGCCAAAUAACUGGCGCAGUAUUUUCGGUGGCAGCGCCUGGGAAUGGGACGAGCCAACACAGGAAUACUACCUACACCUGUUCGCAGUGCAGCAACCCGAUGUCAACUGGGAGAAUGCGGAGACAAGAGCUGCAGUUUAUAAGUCUGCCAUGGAGUUCUGGCUUCGCAAGGGGAUUGAUGGGUUCCGCGUUGAUACAGUGAACAUGUACAGCAAGGAUCAAUCCUACCGCGAUGCGCCCAUCAUCGAUCCAAAGAACGAGUACCAACUUGACCCUUCCCUUUUCUGCAAUGGUCCUCGCAUCCACGACUACCUGCGGGAGAUGGGUCAAAUCCUUUUAAAAUAUAAUGCCGUCACGGUCGGCGAGCUCCCAUCUACCCCAGAGAUCACCGACGUGCUGAAAUACGUCUCCGCGAAAGAGGAACAGCUGAGCAUGGUAUUCCAAUUUGAUAUCGUUGACGUGGGCAAGGGCAAGGAUUUCCCUUUCCAAACCACCCCACGAAACUGGACACUCUCUGAUCUACGUGAGCGUGUGAAACGUACCCAGAAGCUCAGCGAUGGUUCCACUGAUGGCUGGAGCACCACAUUCCUGGAAAACCACGACCAAGCCCGAUCCGUUUCGCGAUGGGGCAGCGAGAAGACACCCGAGCUGUGGGCUCUUAGCGCAAAGAUGCUCGCAAUGCUUGUUGGUACUCUUUCCGGAACGCUUUACGUCUACCAAGGUCAGGAGAUUGGUAUGGUGAACACACCUGAGGAGUGGCCUAUCUCAGAAUACAAAGAUCUCGACAGUCUGAACUACUACAACUACGUAAAGGAACAGACAGGGAAUGAUCCCGUCGCAAUGAAAGCGGUUAAGGCAGCUCUUGCUCAUCUUGCUCGUGAUCAUGCUCGGAUCCCAAUGCAAUGGGACGAUACACCAAAUGCUGGAUUCUCUCCUGAGGGUGCUAAGACUUGGAUGCGUGUUCAUGACAAUUACCCUACGUUGAAUGUGAAGCGACAGACCAAUGACCCAACUUCUGUGCUGUCAUUCUGGCGUGAACUGCUACGUACUCGUCGUGCGAACCCGAAGGUCUUUGCACAGGGAGUGUUUGUCGAUACCGAUCCGUCCAAUGAGUUAGUCUUUAUCUUCGAGAAGGGCUCUGCAGAUGGCUCGGAGAAGCUGAUCGUUGCCUUGAACUUCACUGGCGAGAAGCAAUCGGUUGAAUUAGGCAAGUUAUUGGGAAGCGGAUCUCAACAGACGCUGUUGAAGAACUACGAGGAAGAGUCAUUGGAUGCACUGCAGCCUCAUGAAGGCCGAGUUUACCUGGUAGGCAAAUAG